UCACUUCCCUGAUUUUUCCGGAUUGUUACUUGUUACCUAUUGUAUUAGAAUGCGAAAUAUGUGAGCUAAGUAAUCCGACGCGAAGUGAAGAUAAUAAGAAGGGAAUAUGAGUCAGACAUUUUCAGUAUUGAUUAUCAUUUGUGGGAUUUUUAUAUAUAUCGUGUCACGCAUGCGGAGCAAAGUACUUUUAGAAAACGAAGUACCACUUAACAAGACCUACGAUUUCAUUAUAGUGGGAGCAGGCUCUGCUGGGUGUGUUCUUGCUAACAGACUAUCGGCGGAUCCAAGAUUCUCAGUCCUUCUGAUAGAAGCUGGCGGAUCCGAGGAGAACAAUGAAGUGGUGCGUGUACCUUUUGCGGCCAUAGACCUGCAAAACACCGAGGUCGACUGGGCAUUCAGAACCACCCCACAGACUAAAGCUUGCCUAGGGAUGAGGGACAAGAGGUGUGCUUGGCCGAGAGGACGUGUCCUCGGUGGAUCAAGUUCCAUUCACAACAUGAAUAACGUUCGCGGGAGUCGCCAUGACUACGAUGGCUGGGCUAAAGAUGGCUGCCUAGGAUGGGGUUAUAAAGACGUUCUUCCGUAUUUUAUUAAAUCUGAGGAUAUUCAAAUACAAGAUUUACAAAACUCAGCCUACCAUGGAAUAGGGGGUCCCCUUCCUGUAAGUGAUGGCACGGCCACGCCUCUAAGUAACGUAUAUAGACAGGCAAUGGAAGAGUUAGGAUAUUCUGUGACCGACUGCAAUGGAAAAACGCAAACAGGAUUUUGCCCAACACAAGAAAAUGUUAAGGACGGAGAGAGAUGGGGUUCUGCUAAAGCAUUUCUUCGUCCUGCUAUGAAUCGUCCAAAUCUUCAUGUUGUUACAAAAGCUUUCGUAACCAAGAUUCUGAUAAAUGAUAAAUUAGCAUCAGGUGUUACCUUUGUAAAAGACAAUAUAAAACAAACGAUUCUGGCGGGAAAAGAGGUGAUUGUGUCAGCAGGUACCAUAAACAGUCCCAAGCUUCUGAUGCUGUCUGGUGUCGGACCAAAACAUCAUCUAGAAAAAUUACGGAUUCCAGUAACAGCAGAUUUGCCUGUCGGAGAAAACCUACAAGAUCAUAUCAUGACUACCAUGUUUUAUAAUGACAACACAAACAGUGGAGGAAGCACGUCACCCUCAAUAGCUACUAUACUGAAAUAUCUUACUUUUAGAUCAGGUGCAUUGAGCAAGCCCCAUGGAGAGGCAAGUGUGUUUCUAACUGAUGACGUAAACCAUCCUCCCUCCACGCAGUUCUCUUUUUACAGUGUCAACGUUCACCCAACAUACGCCGACCAGUAUGUACAGUUCCUCAACAUUGACCCAAAGAACAAGGAAGGCAUUCGCAAGAAAUUUGAAAAUAACCUCAACAAAGGUAUUGGGACAUUUUUCGCAGAAAAUAUACUUCUUCAUCCUAAAAGUAGAGGAACCAUACGACUUCAGAGUACUGACCCUUUUGAUGCACCACUCAUAGACCCAAACUACUUAGAUCACCCGGAUGAUAUGAAGACCUUACUGAAAGGAAUAGACCUCUACAUGAAGGUAGCAAACACUACAGCAUUUAGAUCUAUCGGUGCCUCGCCCAUGGAUCCUUACGAGGAAUAUCUUCCUCCCUGUAAUACACUUCCUUUUCCGUCUGAGGAAUACUGGGUGUGUAGAAUCAAGUAUUAUACCUAUACGGUGUACCACCCCACGUCUACAUGUAGAAUGGGGGCACAGGACGACCCUACCGCCGUUGUUGAUCCACAAUUAAGGGUCAAAAGAAUUAAGAACCUUCGAGUAGUAGACGCCUCCGUAAUGCGAAACGUGCCUUCCGGAAAUACGAAUGCUCCAACUGUGAUGAUUGCAGAAAAAGCAGCCGACAUGAUACUUGGAAUUGACAGUGUAACUCAUAUAAGGAAAAUCACAGAUUCGUUAUAGCACACCAAUAUUUUAUCCAUAUUACUUAGAAAAGAAUGUGUUAUCCAGUGCUGAUCCAGAGAACAUAUAAGUCACAGGAAUAUAUAUAUUGGUUGACGUAUUUGAAAAUGAUAUAAUGAUAGUCAGAGGGAAAUGAUGUGGAAGGACUUCUUUGAUACUGAACACAAUAUGUUGUGUAGUUCCUGGAGAGUAAACAUGCUCAUCUAGACUUUGUGAUUCGAGUUAACUCUGAGUUUUCAAGAAAUAAAAGGAGCAUGCAUUCGUUUUUUAACAACCUUGUUUCAAAGAAAAUCUGGAAACGUUUCCUCAAAAUGAGAAACAUUUGUAGAUAAAAUCAAUUGAAAUUUGUUUCUUUUUUUAAUUUCAUACUUAACUAAAUUUUUAGUGUAUAAAACAUUCAUUUAUUUGCUUGCUUCUGUUGAUUUUUUAUCAUGAUUUCUGUCUUAAAAUUAUCAUCAUAUUUA